CCCGCCGUCAUCGUAUAUUGACAGAAAGCGCACCCAUGUCUGCGCUAUAGCAGCAAUUUUGAGGAAGAAGCUUGUUUGAGACCUUACAUGUGCAAAUCAACCAAAGACUGAUUCCAAAACACACCGCUGUUCUUCUCAUUCAAAAUGGUGAAGAUAUUUGUUGGCAAUGUAGCUUCAGCGACCACAGAAGAUGAGCUCCGUGCUUUAUUCGAGAAGUACGGCGCAGUGUCUGACUGUGACAUUCUGAAAAAUUAUGGCUUUGUGCACAUGGAUGAAGAAGAGGCUGCGCAGAAGGCCGUCUCCGCUUUGCACAAGCACGAGGUCAACGGCUCCCGCAUCACUGUUGAGUAUGCCACCACCAAGGUACGCAAUGCCACCAAGAUCUACGUGGGCAAUGUCCCCGAAGGCGUUGCCGCUGCCAAAAUUAAGGAGCUCUUCCAGCCAUUCGGCAAGGUGGUGGAAUGCGAUAUCGUGAAGAAUUAUGCAUUCGUUCACAUGCAGAGGGAAAACGAGGCUCUGGAUGCCAUCGCAAAGCUUAACCACUCCAAAGUGGAUGGCCAAAAGAUCUUUGUGUCCCUCUCGCGCAGUAAUCCAUCCAGAAACGGCCGAGGGGAGGACUAUUAUCCUCCUCCUCCACCUCACUAUCCACCCCACCCGCACGACCAUCCUCACUUUCUCCCCCCUCGCCCGCCACCCCGUGACUACUAUCCGCCUCGUGGCCGAAUUCCACCGCCUCCUCCUCUCCCACCGCCACCGCCCCGCUCCUACUAUGAGCGUGAUCCGUACGAGAGGAGCCUCCGCCAUGACCCAUACGCCCCUCCAUCCCCUCGUUUUUACGAUCGGGAUCCUUAUGACCGGCGCCUUCCGCCUCCUCAACGGCCGGUCUCACCUCCUGUCGCCAGUCGCUAUUACCGUGAACGCAGCCCUCUCGGUGGUCGCCGCUCUCUCCUGCCUCCGCCUCCCCCUCCACCACCUCCUGCGGGCUUUGCCCGCAGUUUCGCCCGCAAUGGUGCUAGCUCAGCCCCCCCUCCUCCUAGUGCCCCUUCCUCCCACUAUCAGCGCUACUCCGUUGGCUCAGGCUUUGAUAAGGAUGAUUAUAUGGAGGACAAGUACAGCAAUGGCUUCGGCCGUAGCUACUAAGCAUUGAAGUCUGUCCGUCACUUUUUAUUGUGGAGAGCUGAGUAAACUAAGAGGGGCGUACCUUCAGGGAGUUAGGGGUGAAUAUUUUUUGUAAUAUUCUGUGAUAGUUGUAGCUAUUUUAGAUAACGGGUCAAUCAGCUAAUACUGUAAUAAUAGAUUUGCCUCCACCCAAUGAAGAAACAGCAAAUAGGAAGUUGAAUGCAUCUGUGUUUCGGAGUUUUAUAGCAUGUUAUGAUGUCCUAUAUUUGCCAGUCUUAUCGUUUUUUUGUUUAGUUUAAGCAAAUGACAUUUUCAUUCAUUUUACUCUGGCAUGUACUUCUAAAAAACUAAAGAUUGCUUGAAAAUAUAUAUAAAUACACAUAUUUUUUGCAUUACAUAGAAUAGCAUAGUCUGUUCUACAGGAUAUUGGUCGUACUGAAUGUUAACCUGUUUAUUUCUGUUUGGUUUUUGGAGUAUUUAAGUGUUGUCAGAGUCUUUUGCGUUAGUUUAUGGGUCUCAAACUGGAUUCCUGGAGGGCCGCAGCUAUGCACAGUUUUGCUCCAAUCCUAAUCAAACACAGCUGAUCCAACUAAUCAAGGUGUUUGAGACUCUUUUGAACAACUUGAUUAGUUGGAUCAGCUUUUUGAUUAGGGUUGGAGCAAAACUGUGCAGAGCUGCGGCCCUCCAGGAAUCCAGUUUGAGACCCAUGCAUUAGUCAAUUCAUUUUCGAAUAAUUCGAAUUUUUAAAAAUUUGUCCCAGUAACCAAAUUCUAUCAAUUUUUUUUUUCAUUUAUUUCUAUAAUUUUCUUUUUUAUGAAGCUGUUCUCUGGAUUACCUAGAUGUAGGCAAAUUAUCUUACUAUUGUGUUGUUAGAAGUAAUGUUGAGGAUGUGAGACCAGUGGGAAGGAACAGAGAGGAAAUGGGUAAAGAGGUGGUUGUGGGCGGAGUUGUAUGCUAACUGACUGAUCAACCAAUCACAUCCUACCGGCUAACCAAUCACACCACAUCCACCAGCCGUUCAACGUUCGGAUCCGCAGCCGCAUCCUAGGAAAAGCUCCACCGGUCAAAGGAAGCGAACGACAACCUGCCGCCUAAUAAAAUUAAAACCGGCGUUGAAUCUGUAGUGCAAUUCUUACAUUGUAUUUCUAGAUCUCGUUGUAUUCGACAAAUAGUUGAUUUGCCGACUCCGCAGAAAGUUUUUAAAGACUUCACAUUAACAAUGGACGUGCUUGUUAUUGAAAAAUUACUGAACACUCAACAGUUGUUUCCUGUUCUACUUGUACUACUGCUGUUUACCUAUUGUUUGCGUACACUUCUGUUUAAACUGUACGUUUGUUAAAAAAAGAAAGAAGCCUGUUUUCUCGACUGUUCACUCGAAACCGCUCUCAUUCUCAUACUGUCCUCUCGAGCAGGUUCGUUGUUUGUUUUGAUUAAAAAACUAUGAAAACAGAUUCAUGUUCUACCAGUCGCUGUCAUCUUGCCGCCUGAAUAAAAUUUCGACUGAUUUAGACGCAA